UGCGCCUGUCAAAGCGAAACGCCACACGCCACAGUUCCCGGAUUUCGGAGCCGUUUGCUGUCGCUCGCCGUCACCGUCGUCGUAUUCCAACGCAAACCGUGAAGAAGGAACGCGGUCCGUGCGGUCCCUCGUUCUCCCGUUCAAGUCCUACGGGUAGUGUACAGUGAGUGUGCGUGCGUGUGUUUUCGGUUCAGAAUUUUCUAUCUAGCAUUUUUCGAACAGUGUGUUGUAGUAACCAGCAGUAACCAGCAGUAACCAUGUAUCACCUGAAGACGAUCGCCAAGAAUGCCACCAUCAAGCAGGAGGUGGCCACCCUGGUGAAGGCUGUGGCGGCCGUCCAGCAGCCGUCGAUGAUGGUGAACCAGCAGCAGCCGAAGCGCACCUACGCCGAGCACCAAAUCCCGGAACGCCUGAAGGAUGUGUCGACCGCGGCCAACCCGCGUUUCUUCGACAUGGUCGAGUACUUCUUCCACCGUGCGUGCCAGAUCUGCGAGGACAAGCUGGUGGAGGACAUGAAGGGUCGUGCCUCGAUGGACGAGAAGAAGAAGAAGGUGAAGGGUAUUCUGAUGCUGAUGCAGCCGUGCGAUCACAUAAUCGAGAUUGCGUUCCCGCUGCGACGCGAUUCCGGCGACUACGAGAUGAUCACCGGGUACCGUGCCCAGCACUGCACUCACCGUACCCCGACCAAGGGCGGUAUCCGUUUCUCGCUGGAUGUGUCGCGCGAUGAAGUGAAAGCCCUGUCCGCGCUGAUGACGUUCAAGUGCGCCUGUGUGGAUGUGCCGUUCGGUGGUGCAAAGGCCGGCGUCAAAAUCGAUCCGCGCCAAUACUCGGAGCAUGAGCUGGAAAAGAUUACCCGCCGUUUCGCGCUGGAACUGUCGAAGAAGGGCUUCAUUGGCCCGGGUAUCGAUGUACCUGCUCCAGACAUGGGAACGGGCGAGCGCGAGAUGUCGUGGAUUGCCGACACGUACGCCAAGACGAUCGGACAUCUGGACAUUAAUGCGCACGCUUGCGUUACCGGCAAACCGAUCAACCAGGGCGGUAUCCAUGGACGUGUGUCCGCCACCGGUCGUGGUGUGUUCCACGGACUGGACAACUUCAUCAAGGAGGCGAACUAUAUGGCCCAGAUCGGUACGACCCCCGGCUGGGGUGGCAAGACAUUCAUCGUGCAGGGUUUCGGUAAUGUCGGUCUGCACUCGUGCCGCUACCUGACCCGUGCCGGAGCCACCUGUAUCGGUGUCAUCGAGCAUGACGGUUCGAUCUUCAACCCGCAAGGUAUCGACCCGAAGGCUCUGGAAGACUACAAGAACGAGAAGGGCACGAUCGUUGGCUUCCCGGGUGCUCAGCCGUACGAGGGCGAGAACCUGAUGUACGAACAGUGCGACAUCUUCAUUCCGGCUGCGGUCGAGAAGGUCAUCACCGCUGACAACGCUGGCAAAAUUAAUGCCAAGAUCAUUGCCGAAGCUGCCAACGGACCGACCACGCCUGCCGCCGACAAGAUCCUGAUCGAUCGCAACAUCCUCGUGAUUCCGGACCUGUACAUCAACGCCGGUGGUGUGACGGUUUCGUUCUUCGAGUGGCUCAAGAACCUGAACCACGUGUCGUACGGCCGUCUGACGUUCAAGUACGAGCGUGAAUCGAACUACCAUCUGCUCGCAUCCGUCCAGGAAUCGCUCGAAUCGUAUCUGAGCGCGGAAGACAGUAAAGUAUCCACCAUUUCCCAACUUGUACAGCAAAUGUUUCGCAAACCCACCACUGAUUCCCGACACCAAUCUGUGCAGGCAUCGCUCGAGCGUCGCUUCGGUAAUGUCGGUGGCAAGAUCCCGGUUACGCCCUCGGAAGCCUUCCAGAAGCGCAUCUCGGGCGCAUCGGAAAAGGACAUUGUCCACUCCGGGCUGGACUACACGAUGGAACGUUCGGCCCGUGCCAUCAUGAAGACGGCCAUGAAGUACAACCUCGGUCUGGAUCUGCGUUCCGCCGCGUACGUCAACUCGAUCGAAAAGAUCUUCCAGACGUACCGUGACGCUGGUCUCGCUUUCUAAGCGCGCAACGAACGAGCACAACGCGCUACGCGAAUCAAGCGCCAGCUAGCAGCAGCAGCAGCAGCAGCAACCGAUACGGAAAUCGCCCCCAGAACAACCCCCGGACUCUCCCUUCAGCAUUAGGCAAUUUUUAAGGAUUCCGUUUCCUCCUGCUACCUCAACGCGAAUGCGGAAUCCCACCCAGCACGUACAUUCCUACUACAGCAGCAUUCCGGAUGCGGGAAAGGUGAUGCCAACUUCCGUUGCAUGUGUCUCACACAUUCCAUUUUAGACUGUCGGCUUCGUUGUGUGUGUGUACCGUGUUGUACCGUCGUGUGCGUUUUUGCACUUUGAUAAUUUCAUGUUAGCCUCCUCAUGUACUUACCUUAAUCGUGCGAUCUUGACCAUGGCCCGCCGCGCUGGAUGUUUAUACGAGCAGCAGUACAGUAGUAGAGUGAGUUAGUAUUGACGUUGGAGUCGUCCGUAGAAACCACCCAAAAUGCAGCUCACCGGAGCGAGUGUAAAACAAAUGCAGCAGUAUAUUUAGAUGUAAUGGAAAAUACGGUUCGACGCCGGACGGGCAACCACGGCUGCCUUUUGCGCUAUUAUGUUACUACUUCAACUGCGUCUAUUUCUACUACUUCUACUACUACUACUGUGUUCAAAUUGAAGCAAAUUUUACAACUUCGCGCACUGUUCUAUCUCACAAAACUACAAAACAGACACAACAACAACAAAAUAAUAAUUUAGCCGAGCGGUGUACCGAUUGAGAGGAGGCGAACAAAUACUGCCGCCAGCAACCAGGCCAGUGUAUGCUGGCGCAAAAGCACUCAAGCAACUUAAGCAUAGCGAGCAAAUCUUAACCCGUGAAGAAAAAAAAACACAAAAACAAAAUGCCACGUGUAACGAGAAGAAAAAACAAAAGCUGACGCAAACACG